AUGGAAGGCUUAUAUUCAAUAUAUUCUCUAGCUCGUAGUAUUCUCCUGAUAUUACUUCUCUCCACUUCCUCCAUUAGUUUAAUCUCCGCCCUUGACAAAACAAAUGUGGAAUUCAUCAGAACAUCAUGCAGUUUGACAAGUUACCCUACACUCUGCUUCAACUCUCUGUCUACUCAAUCAGGUGCAAUCCAAACAAGCCCUAAGCUGCUAGCCCAAACAGCUCUAUCAGUCACCCUUGACACCACCCGCACCACAACCACAGCAAUGGUAAAAUUGUCACAAGUGCAUGGCAUGGCUCCCCGGGAGGUUUCUGCCAUGAAAGACUGUAUCGAGUUGAUGAGUGACACGGUGUAUGAGUUGAAAAGGUCACUUGAGGAGAUGAGUCGACCGGGUUCUAAAGAUUUCAGGUUGGUGAUGAGUGAUAUAGAGACAUGGGUGAGUUCUGCAUUGACGGAUGAAGAUACGUGCUCUGAUGGAUUUGUUAAUGAUCCGAAAAUGAAAAGUGUGGUGAGAGGAAAGAUUGUGAAUAUCGCCCAUUUAGCUAGUAAUGCUUUGGCUUUGAUCAACAGUUAUGCUUCUCUACACGGAUAG